AUGGAGAUAGAUGUCAACUCUGCCACAAUCGCUGAAGAUGAUUGGAGGAAUCCUAUCAUGACCUAUCUGCGAUAUCCAACUUUGCCCUCUGAGAAGAAAGUCAGAAUCAUGGCUUUAAACUACCUUAUGUGGAAUGAAGAUUUGGUCCGAAAGAGUAAGGAUGAGGUGCUUUUAAGGUGCCUCGGGAAGAAAGAAUACAUGAAAGUUAUGGGGGAAACCCAUGAAGGAAUCUGUGGAGCACAUCAAGGUGGAAGAAAAAUGUGCUGGUUAAUUAGGAGAUAUGGCUACUUCUGGCCAACCAUGAUGAAAGAUUGCAUUAACUAUUCCAAGGGGUGUGAAUCUUGUCAAAGACACGGCCCAGUCCAGCAGGCUCCAUCAGUUCCCAUGAAUCCAGUGGUAAAACCAUGGCCCUUUAGAGGAUGGGCAAUGGAUCUUAUUGGCAAGAUCUAUCCAGCCAGCAGCCAGCAGCACUGCUUUAUCAUUGUUGCCACAGACUACUUCACCAAGUGGGUGGAGGCCAAGGCUGUUAAAUCCACUACAUCUCAAGAGAUCAUCAUUUUCAUAGAAGAACAGAUUAUCCAAAGAUUUGGCAUCCCAGAAUCAAUCACAACUGAUAGAGGAUCAUCUUUCAUAUCUAGAGAAAUGCUGGACAUGGCAGAGGCAUUCAAAUUCAGACUGCUCCAAUCCACUCCUUAUUAUGCCCAAGCCAAUGGACAGGCAGAAUCAAGCAACAAAGUAAUCAUCAACAUUAUCAGGAAAAUGCUUGAAAAGAAUCCAAAACAGUGGCAUGAGAAGCUGUCAGAAACUCUGUGGGCAUAUAGAACUUCAAAGAGAGAAGCGACUGGCAUGACUCCCUACGCGUUAACCUACGGUCAUGAUGCAAUUCUGCCUAUGGAGAUAGCUGUUCAGUCCCUCAGAAUUGCUCACCAACAUGACUUAGUAGGAGAAGACUACUCCCAGGCCAUGCUGCUGGAACUGGAAGGAUUGGAUGCAGCCAGAAUUGACACUCUCAACAAACUCCUGGCAGGAAAACAGGCUGUAUCAAGGGCCUACAACAAAAGAGUCAGGAACAAGAGUUUUGAAGAAGGGGAGAUAGUCUGGAAAGCAGUUCUGCCCCUUGGAACACAUGUGGCUGGUUAUGGAAAAUGGUCACCUACAUGGGAAGGUCCUUUCAUAAUCAGCCAGAUCCUUGGAAUGGGGGCAUAUAGGUUGCAGGAUAGGGAUGGAGAAGUUCAUACGGCCCCGAUCAAUGGCAAAUGGUUAAAAAAGUUUUAUCCAACCAUGUGGGAUUCACAGGCUGUACAAACAGACCCGGGGAUAGACACAGGAGUUAACUAA